CGCAGUCACAAGCAAAGAUCAGGUCCAGCGUUGAUUUCAAGAAAGCAAUCAAUAACUAUGGCAAAGAGGGGGAUAACGAAACAUAUUUUGCUCUUAUUUAUUUGCAUUUUUUCAAGUUCUUCAACCACAUCCGUUAAUGAAUGCAACACCGAUAAGGAUCCUUUCAUAAAACUUGGUAAUAAAUAUUAUUUAAUUAAUGCAGCAGUUCAGCUAAGCUGGCAUCAAGCCUUUCUCUUUUGCCGCACCUAUGACAGUGAUUUGGCCACAAUCGAGUCGGAGGUGGAAAUGAAUGCUUUGUCGUCCUAUUUAAUUACAAAUGGUCAUUCAACCAAACAUUUUUGGAUUGGUGCGAAUGAUUACGCUGAUGAGGGUAAAUUUAUGUCUUAUAAAAGUGGUCGUCCUAUGGUCUAUACUAAAUGGUCCGGUGGACAACCGGAUAAUGCGGGUAAUAUAGAAGAUUGUGUACAUCUAUGGCAUAUCAACAACAACAAUAUGUUCGAAAUGAAUGAUUGGUCUUGCGCCGAUGGUAAGAACAUUAUUUGUGAGUUGCCGAAACCACAGAAAUGUUGUCGUGUGGAGAGAAUUUCAAAUUGCGGCUUAAAAAAACUAGCGGAGAUAUUUGCACAGUCGGCAAAUGUUUUGGAUUGUAUAGAGUAAUGGAAGAAUGCAGGGAACGAAAUAGUGCACUUUCCUAAUAAUAUUUGCAGUUUGAUCAUAUAUACAUCUUAAAGUAAGAUCAUCAUGCAAAACAUAAAAGUAA